AUGACAGGCAGUGUCUGCUACCCCAAGAUGUCACAGGACAAACAGCCUUUCCACCCCUGGGUAGAGGGGACGCGCAGAUUCGUGGGGCUCCGCUGGUACUGUCCACCCGCCCAGCUCCCAUCCCGCAUGAGGACGUGGCGAGGGGUGGCCAGCCGGGUGGCUCUGCCUUCCAAGUCGCUAUCAGCUCUCUGGGCGAAGUUCGCUCCCGACCUCAGUUUCCCCCGGGCACCCCGCAGAGCUGGUGGAGCACGGAGGCUUCCCGGGCAGGAGAGCCGGGAGUCGGCUUCCAGCCCGCUGCGCCUGGCGCUCCUGCUGCUCGGGGCGGUGGGCAGGGCCGGACCCCGCCCCCAGGGUGCGACUGUGUCCCUGUCGGAGACAGUGCAGAAAUGGCGAGAAUACCGACGCCAGUGCCAGCGCAACCUGACCGAGGCUCCGCCUCUGGCCACAGGCCUGUUCUGCAACCGGACCUUUGAUGACUACGCCUGCUGGCCAGAUGGCCCACCGGGCUCCUUUGUGAACGUCAGCUGCCCCUGGUACCUGCCCUGGGCCAGCAGUGUGCUUCAGGGCCAUGUGUACCGGUUCUGCACCCCAGAGGGCCUCUGGCUGCACCAGGGCAACUCCAGCCUGCCCUGGAGGGACCUGUCCGAGUGUGAGGAGUCCAAGCGUGGGAAGAAAAGCUCCCCAGAGGAGCAGCUCCUGUCCCUCUACGUCAUCUACACAGUGGGCUACGCGCUGUCCUUCUCCGCCCUGGUCAUCGCCUCUGCCAUCCUCCUCAGCUUCAGGCACCUGCACUGCACCCGGAACUACAUCCACCUGAACCUCUUCGCGUCCUUCAUCCUGCGAGCCCUGUCCGUCUUCAUCAAGGACGCCACCCUCAAGUGGAUGUACAGCACGGCUGCCCAGCAGCACCAGUGGGAUGGGCUCCUCUCCUACCAGGACUCUCUGGGCUGCCGGCUGGUGUUCCUUCUCAUGCAAUACUGCGUGGCUGCCAACUACUACUGGCUGCUGGUGGAAGGCGCGUACCUCUACACACUGCUGGCCUUCUCUGUCUUCUCAGAGCAGCGAGUCUUCAAGCUCUACCUGAGCAUCGGCUGGGGUGUCCCCCUGAUGUUUGUUAUCCCCUGGGGCAUUGUCAAGUACCUCUAUGAGGACGAGGGGUGCUGGACCAGAAACUCAAACAUGAACUACUGGCUCAUUAUCCGACUGCCCAUUCUCUUUGCUAUUGGGGUGAACUUCCUCAUCUUCAUCCGGGUCAUCUGCAUCGUGGUGUCCAAACUGAAGGCCAACCUCAUGUGCAAGACAGAUAUCAAGUGCAGACUGGCCAAGUCUACACUGACGCUCAUCCCCCUACUGGGGACCCACGAGGUCAUCUUUGCCUUCGUGAUGGACGAGCACGCCCGGGGGACCCUGCGCUUCAUCAAGCUGUUCACAGAGCUCUCCUUCACCUCCUUCCAGGGGCUGAUGGUGGCCAUCCUGUACUGCUUUGUCAACAAUGAGGUCCAGAUGGAGUUUCGGAAGAGCUGGGAGCGCUGGCAGCUCAAGCAUCUGCACAUCCAGAGAGACAACAGCAUGAAGGCCCUCAGGUGCCCCGCCAGCAGCCUGAGCAGUGGGGCCACAGUGGGCAGCAGUGUGUACGCUGCCACCUGCCAGGCCUCCUACAGCUGAGACCCCAGCCCUGCCCUUCCUGUGGUUGAUCCUUGCUGCUGGCCUGGAGCCACCCCAGGUGGGAGACACCCUCCGGGGGACAGG